UGGAUGUUUUGCCAUUUAUGUUCGGAUUUCAUUGCCCAGGCUGACUGAUUGACGCAUGCAUGCAAAUUAAACUAUCUUCUCCAGCUGAAGCCUGGCUCUGAGUCUCCUGAUUCCUUGAUCAUCUAAUGCUCUGGUCAGAUCCAGAAGAUCUUAUUUUUAUUUACAACAAUCCUGGCGCCCAACGUGGGGCAGCGAUGGUCUCCGUCUGACGUCUGCGACGUGACGACUGAUCCAGGUGACAGCAAUAUCAUCUGCCUGAGUUCUGACUCUAGUCCCUGGAGGUCCUGUGCAUGACAGCACGGGAACAACCAAGUGAGGCAUUCCGGAGGUUGGAGAAGCUGAUACGAGAUAACCACGAGUCUGCUACAGGAUACAUCGGGUUCCCGCUUUCUCCCAGCUGGCCACACAGCACGCCUCAGCGUCCUUCGACAUCUAUUCGUGCCGUGCUGAGACAAGAUCCAGCUAUCCUCGCUGUCAUCGCCACCACAUCUCAAGAAGCUAAUUUUGUCGAUUACACACAUAGACCUUCUCAAAAUUGUGAUUAUAAAAUAGUUACAAUCACUGGGUUCACAUUAUACAAUCACAUUUAUGCUGCCACUGGAGCGCGAGGUUAUUUUAUUAAGAAUUUCAGAAGAUUACCCUCUCCUAUAGUCUGGGGGAGACAUGUAAAGGCCAUUACUUGUUCAGCAUAUGCCAUAACUAUUUAAGCAUGUCCUGUAUUACAUUGUCAAAACGUAAAAACAUAUCAGUUGCAUUCUAAAAUCAAGGUCAGAGUGUUUUUUAAUAAGUAUCAACAAAAUCUAACAUACAUCAGUUAUCCGUGGUAUGCUAAUAGUUUUGAUUCCAAUGCAGGGAGUGUAGCUGUUGGUAAUGUUAAUACGUGGUGGGAAAUUCUCAAAUUGUACAAUGGGGAAACUAACAUUUGGGACACUUUCACUCAGAUUCGCUCUUCUGAUGAUAUUAAACUGUCGGGUAGAUGUGUCAGGUGCUGAUUUAGAUAAGAGAAACAUUUUCCAUGCUUUGUUUACAUUAACUCAGAACACACUGUACCCAGGCUGUGAAGUGUGCAUUCCUCAUCCAGUAAGUGUCUCUGCUGGCAUUGCGUGGUCAGGACAUGCCAUUUCAGUCUGUGACACUUGUGCUUUAUUGCAUAUUAAUGUAUCAGAAUUCAACAUAACUACUUGUCAUAAUGUAACUCAAGCAGUCGCCACUAAGUGUUGCUCUCCAGGGGUGGACGUCUGUAAUCAGACUUAUCUUCCCUCUCAUAGUAUAACUGACGUCAUUACCUUGACUAAAUUUCCAUGGUGUGUUGAAAAUCAUGUAAAGGACUCUCCCUUUAUGGGUGAAAUCUCUGGGCCAUUGUGCACUUUUAUCGUCGAACUCAGUAAAUUUCAGGUAAAAGAUAUUUCACACAUUUCUCAGGUUCAACCUAAAGUUAUAGCUCAUUCUAUACUUGAUUGUGUUUCUAAACCUGGUCCAUGGGUUAAUUGGCUCUCAAUUAAUAAAUUCUGUCGCGUUCCAGCUCCUUCUGGUACCUACUGGUUGUGCGGAAGUACCGCAUAUAGCGAAUUACCUGCGAGAUUCAAUGGCCGAUGUUCUUUAAUUUAUCUUCUUCCUGCCAUGAGACCUCGACACUCGAAUCCUAAGAACCAAGUUACGAGUAAGCCUAAUUCUACUCCGCAGCAUGUAAUUUUAAUACACCGGCUUCCUACAGAUCGCUCAGAAAUUAAUUUAGAUGUUCCUAGUUCUUGUGGACCAGUAAAUUGCAAGGAAGUCGAAUGCAUUUGGUAUAAGAACGGGAAAGUGCACACUGCCAUAGAGAGGGGAGUUCAAAAGGUACCCCCAAACGCUUACCUUCAUGACAAUGGUACCUUAACACUCUUACCAACGAAACAGGGAUAUCAAUCCUUUGCCGACUCAAUCAACCAAUCUGAAAUUCCUAUCUCUGUGACAGAUAAGCUGCUGUCGGAUAUUGCUUUCUAUUCUGAAGUUGAUGCUAUUUUUACAUUUAGUAGUAAUGAACAAAAGUGCCCAGUGAGUUAUCAACUUCACACACGCUCCUAUAAGGAAAACAGUCCAAUCAAGGAGAUAUCAUUUGCAGCUAAUGACCCUCGUCCAUGUGUUGAAUAUUUUACAUGCAGUCAGACUUUCUGGAGUAGAUCACUCGGUGCUCUUAUUCCUAAUUAUGGUAUUAUGGUUAGUUUGGAUCAGAUCCGUAUCCUAUCUCAUGAAAUUGAGAAAUUGGCUAAUGACACUGCCCAAGCCCUAGGUGUGAUAUCUACCACACUACAAUCACAUCGCAUGAUGAUUUUGCAAAAUCGAGUUGCUUUAGAUUACAUCUUAGCACAACAGGGGGGUACCUGUGCAGUUGUAGGCCCUGAAUGUUGUACGGAUGUUUUUGACCCUACCUUAAACCUAACUCACUACAUUAAAAACUUAGAGGAGUUACGUGACCGUGUUAUACAUAUUGAUCAAGUCAACAGUGAUGGUCUAGGGGCCUGGCUAGGUUCCUGGUGGAUAUAUGGCCGUGAAAUCCUAUUAGCUUUCAUGGUUUUCCUUUUUAUUCUUUUGUUGGCUUAUGUGGCUAUUCGUUGCUGUUGUUUGUGUGUCUCUAAAAGCGUUAAACACACUCAAAUAGCAGAAACUACAAUAAUAUUGACUCCUAGGCCUAAUGCCUACAUUUGACGUGACGUUUUCCUUAUAUUAUGCUCGGUACGCGGGUUAGAAGUCUAAGUCCUAUUCCGUUGUGGAAUAUGUAAACGAGUAAUCGCCUGGCCAGUGGUUACGGAUUGUAAGACAUGUUUCAAAAGAUUAAGCUUGCUGUUAUGAAUGCUUUUAGGGCAUUCACAGGGGGGAAUUGAAGGAUUUAUUUCUAAUUUUCCUUAAUAUUUUGUAUGAAUAUGGCACUAAUCAUUAAUAAUGGACUUAUGUCAGCGUGAUCUUUAUAAGUUCCUUGUUUACUUAAUACAUGUCCUUGUUUACUUAAUAAGUGUCCUUGUUUACUUAGUU